AUGCGUAUAAAGUCGAGCUCGGGAUUUAGAUCUUCUAACUGUCGCAGGUCUCUGAUCUGCGGUUGGUCGUUGUAAAUAAUGGCAGUGAUACGGUUUUAGCCCCCUUUCUAGAAUGUCGACAAGAAAAGUAGCCACGGCAGGGAGGUUGUCUCUAUAAACCGUUUUGCAGGUGGCUGCUCACUAGCAAUGCAGUAUGUGGUGCUGUACCAGUUCUUUGGUUUACCUGCGGCGCAGCAUCCGCCUGAGGUUAUGCAGCAGGCGAGGAAGGAGCAGACUGCCUUUGUGGAUUAGGGAAACGUGGGCUUACAUGAGGCUGUUGGUCCAGUCGCUUCACUUCAACUCGCUCACGGACUCCGAUGUGGUUUUCGACUCUGUUUUUGAACCAGUGUUUCUGACUGUGGAUUAUAUCACCCGCUGGUUUGGCGCUGUGUUUGUUUGUCUGGUGGUGAUCCUGACCAGCUCCAUAGUAGUCAUCGCUUAUGCAGUCCUCCUGCCUCUCGUCCUCAACACCUACUCCCCAGCGUGGAUUGUUUGGCAUCUUUGUUAUGGACACUGGAACCUCAUCAUGAUUGCGUUUCAUUACUACAAAGCUGCAAAGACCUCCCCCGGAUAUCCCCCAACGGAGAAAAACGACAGGCCAUUUGUGGCAGUUUGCAAGAAGUGCAUCAUACCUAAACCUGCAAGAACUCACCACUGUGGCAUCUGCAACAGAUGCAUUCUAAAAAUGGACCAUCACUGUCCCUGGCUGAAUAAUUGCAUUGGUCAUUUUAACCACCGUUACUUCUUCUCCUUCUGCCUCUUCAUGACUCUGGGGUGUGUCUACUGUAGCAUCAGUGGCAGAAACCUCUUUCUUGAUGCGUAUAAUGCUCUUGAGCGCUUUAAGCAUAUGGAUUUGGAAAAACCAGGGAUUCCUGUAACAGGAAUGGGACCGCUUAUAGGGCUUCUCCCUUCUGGUCAGACAAUCUACCAGACGCCGGCCCCUCCUUACACCUUCAGAGAUAAGAUGAUUCAUAAAAGUAUUGUCUACAUGUGGGUUCUCACCAGCACAGUGGGAGUGGCCCUGGGAGCUUUAACUGUUUGGCAUGCGGUCCUCAUAUCCAGAGGCGAGACGAGCAUCGAGAGACAUAUCAACAAAAAGGAAACGAAUCGAAUGGCAAAACUGGGAAAGGUAUACAAAAACCCUUUCAACUACAGUAGGCUGAACAACUGGAAACUCUUUUUGGGAGUGGAGAAACGCAGUCAUUGGGUGACUCGCGUCCUCCUUCCUUCUGGGCAUUCCCCAAAUGGAGAUGGAUUAACAUGGGACAUCUUCCCAGUUAAUAAGGAUGUGAUUCCUGUAUGAUGGAGGCACAUUUGUGUCAUUCUUGUUAUCCCGUAUACCUCCUGUACCUCAGACUUUUUUUUAAGCACUGGGGGUAUAUAAAUUCAGAGAGGUGGAAGGCCAUAAAUGCUUUAUUGUAAGUUUGACUUCUCAAAACAAACUGGUUGUACUUGACUUUAAGCAUUGCUAUGCCAUAAUUAUGGAUUUAAUAUUUUUAUACAAAAAAAUAAACAGACUAAGUUAUUUGUUGGAUGCAGAUUUUGUAAAGAUAUUAUCUUAAUGUUCCUCAAGCUAAUUUGUUUUUUGUCCACAACUGCGUAAAAUGUUCUACUGUUCAUGUUAACCGUCCACCCAUCCUGCACAUUUGCACACUCCAGUCCUCAAACUUUCAAACCUUUGAGAAGAAAAUAAAACUUUGUCCUGAAAA